CCAGACCAUCAUUUACAUAAAGGGGAAGCCACAAACGAGUGCGUAUGUGGGAUGGAGGUGAGAUAGGGACUAUACGUGACAUCAUAGAGGGAAAGAUCAGGUUUUUUGCACUCUGCAUCUGUCUGCAAGUACGCACACACGCCCUGACUCCAUCAGCCUCAGCAUCCUCCUGCUCCUACAGCUCUCAGGCAACCAUGGACUCCAACAAAGUGGUGGAAAACAUCUACCUCCUGGUCGUCGUCACCCUCAUCAGCGUGGUUCAGAACGCUUUCUUUGCCCAGAAGGUAGAGAGGGAAUGCAAGAAUCAUCAGACUCACACAGCUGCUUUUGAGCGUGUGUCCUGCACCAAUCGUAACUGCAUGGAUGCCUAUCCCACUUUCCUGGCAGUGAUGUGGUGUGCUGGUCUGUGUCUCAGUCAAGCUCCUGCUGCCUUUGCUGGGAUUAUCUACCUUAUGGUCAGGCAGAAGUACUUUGCUGGAUACUUGGGACAGACCUCUCAGAGCACCCCAGGCUACCUGUUUGGAAAACGCAUCAUCUUCUUCCUGUUCCUGAUGUGCAUCGUGGGCAUCUUCAACUACCUGCUGCUGCGCUACUACGGCAGCGACUACAAAGAAUAUGUACAAACCAUCACUGGUGCUGCAUCUGCUCUUCUCCUCCUCCCUUAGUCCAGUGUGUGUCACCUAAUGGCAACAACACCUGGCUACAUUUAUCUUUUAACUGCUGCUGCUGAAUUAAAACACAGUGAUUUUUUUUUUUUUUUUAGUAAAAGAGCAUUUAUUGUAUUUGAGUUUGGUAAAAAAAAAAUUAAAAACACAAACAAAUGAUAAUUAAUUAGUACAAAAGUAUGCCAACGUUUGCAGAGGCACAGAUUUGACCCCUUUAACCCUUCAUAUACAAUAAAAUGGUUGUAAAUCA